AUGUUAAAGCUUAUUAUUGUCGGCACAGUUGCUGCAAUCGCUUCAGCUAACUCAAUAGUUAACUAAGAAAUGGUUGAUUUCAUUAGACAAACUAAUGCUCUAUGGUAACCAGCAAGUGUCUCUGAGAACAGAUUUGCUAACUAUACUGACUAAUAACUUCAGUCUCUCUUGGGAACUGUUCUCCACACUCCAUAAACCCUACCUCAAAAUGUUCCCAGAGUACAACCUCUCAAGGAUCUUCCAUCUAGUUUCGACUCCAGAACUGAAUGGCCAGGUUGUGUCCAUGCUAUCAAAGAUUAGCAACAAUGCGGCUCUUGCUGGGCUUUUGCUGCAUCAGAAGCACUUUCAGAUAGAUUCUGUAUCGCCUCAAAAGGAUAAACUAAUGUUGUCCUAUCUCCUCAAGACAUGGUCUCCUGUGAUACCUAGAACUACGCCUGUGAUGGAGGUUAUCUUAAUAAAGCUUGGGAAUUCCUUGAAAAAGAGGGUAUUCCAACUGACCAGUGUGAACCAUAUAAGUCAGGUGAUGGAAAAACUGUCCCAGCAUGCCCCAGCACUUGCACAGAUAGCUCAUAAGAAUACGUAAAAUACAAAUGUGAGACAGGAUCUACAAAGCAAGCAAACGGUGUCGAAGCUACUAAAACUUUGAUUUCAUAAUCAGGUCCAGUCGAAACUGGUUUUAGAGUCUAUGCAGAUUUCUACAAUUACAAAUCAGGAGUUUAUCACCACGUGCUUGGAAAAUAUUUAGGUGGACAUGCUGUAAAACUCAUUGGAUGGGGAGUUGAUGGUAAUUAAAACUACUGGAUUGCUGCCAACUCAUGGGGUACCUCUUUUGGAGAGAAUGGUUUCUUCAAGAUCUAGCAAAAAGAUUGUGGAAUUGAUGAUGCCACAUUCGGUUGCACUCCACAACUCAAUCAAGCCAAGGAGUUCUACCAAUGA